AUGUCGCCGGGCCGCCAAUGGGCUGCGGCUUCCGCCCGCACCCUCGCGAGGCGGCUCCGGCGCCAGGCGAGGCUUCGCAUCGGCGAGACCCGUGCGCAAGCCCUCGCAACGCGUUGCAAGCUGUUCAGGACCGCCCUGUCGGCGCACUGGAGCUUGGGCGACCAGCUGGGCGGGCACCUGACAGGCAUGGCGGACACCCUCAAGGCUGCGAAGUUGCUCGGCCUGCCCACGGCUGAGCUCGACGAUUACGCGGAGAAGCUGGCCAGCGGGAAUUGGGCGAAGCACCAGGCACCUCCUGGCCUGCCGUCUUUCCCAGCCGUUCCCCGCGCUGUCGACGUCGUGGUGGUGGAGGAGUUCCGCGCGUGGUUGACGGAUAUCGUGUUUGAUGGCACCGAGGCCGUGAGCACCAUGCACGGCCUUGCCACGCAGGACCUGCAGUACCAGCAUGUCGAUGUCCUACUCGACGCCCUUGACGUCACGAUCCCGACGGACGUUGCCGACGUGAUAGGCUUCAAGGAGAUGAACGAGGAGGGCGAAGGCACCGAGGCUGAGUGCACCAUGAACGGCCUUGCCGCAGAGGACAUGCAGUACCAGGUCGACCAGGCGCUCCUGGAGUUCAAGGAGUUCGACGAAGCCGAGAGCAACGUGAACGACCUUGACGAGGAGGACCUGCAGUACCAGGAGAAGGCGGACCAAGCACUCCUGGAGUUCAAGGAUGAGGUGAAGUGCUUCGAGGGCCUGAGGUUCAAGCCCGAGGCGCCCCUGGAGCUCGAGGUGGUGGCCCUCGUGGGGACGGGUGCCAAUGACCUCGGGCCACGGCUUCCAGGUGCCAUCGCCGAGGCCGCCUCCGCAGGUGAGUCGACGGAGUGCAAGAUCCUCGGCGAGGUCGGCGAGUUCUGGAAGGCGUCGGUUCGUGACGGUUUCGAUGAGAGUAUCGUGAAGAAGGAGCCCUCGGAGCCCGUGGCGGCGUCGGCAUCAUGCUCGAAUGCCCUGGCACCCGUGGGGAUCUUCGCGAUGAGGUUCGCCUCCGCCGAGAAGUCGACGGAGGACAAGUUCGUCUUCGCUCCUGGCAGUGCUCGUGUCCCAGACUGGGACUGCGAGGGCCACAACGCCGUGGUAAACGUCCUCACCGAUGAUUACGGCAUCUCCCACUGCUUCAUGGAGUUGUGCAGGUUGAGCUUGCUCAUCUGA